GGUUGCACAUUUCUCCCUGCAGAGGAGCUUGUGAGUCAGGCACUUAUGCUGGGAAGCUCAUCUUGCUUGCUUCGUGCUGUGGUGCACUCGCCGUGCAAUUGAGGGUAAGUGAAAAGAUCAAGGAGCAAGUACGAGAAAGAAAGAAAGAAAAAAAGAAAUGUAUGUUGCAACUGGUAACAGGUAGCAUGAACAGCUUGAUUUCUACGACACGUGUUCUGAAGAGGUUAAGCACUUGUAGGAUCUUUUGGAUAAAGUAUGCAUCACCUGAGCUGUAUGGAGCAUGGAAUGUGAGAGCGGCCCAAAGGAGCCUUUAUCUGAAACUCGACGUCAUUGAGCUCAAAUCCCAAAGACACUGUGAGUUGCUGGCAGUGCAGCAAAAAUCUCUGCUUGUAGGUGUGCGAUAUAAAAGCAGCAAAAGCUCAAAGAAGGGCAAAAGGCGAAUGUUACAAGAGGAGUCGGAUGAAGAAGAGGAUGAUCCUGAGAAAAGUGACUAUGAGGAUGAAGUGGAGGAGGAGGAAGGUGAUGACAUCCAGCCGAAAGCUUACAAAGACCUUGAGAAAGUAGUAUCAUCUUUCAGAUUCGACCUCAUCAUGAAAGCUGGUCUGGAUAUAGCGAGGAACAAAGUAGAAGAUUCCUUUUAUAGUAACAACCUGAGACUGAACGGAGAGAAGUUACUGAAGAAAAGUAAAGUGGUGAAAGAGGGUGAUGUUCUGGAUCAUCUGAUUGGGGAGGAUAAGGAAGCUGAAACUGUAACUGUCAUGAGGGUGAUGGUUCAGAAAAUUGCUGAGGAAAAAACGAAUACAGAGAAACACAGAGUGAUCUUGAGAUGCUGGAAAAACCUGCAGCUGCCCAGAGCAGAAGUGUUCAAAUAAGAUUACAGUGUCCAGCUGGAGGAGGGCUGAUGCAGUCUGACUGGGAGAUGAGAUGCUGUCACUGAUCAAACACAAAGCUCCAACAUAACAGCAAUUGACGUGGCAGCUUUUCUCACUGUUUGUCAUGACAGCAUGAGACAUUGACAGCAGUUUGCAUUUAUGUCGUGUUCGUCACACAAUGAACAUUUCGAAAUGUUUCACAACGGGACACAUUGAUAGCACAAAGUAAGGGAAGGCGUUCUGCUCACGAGCUAAAGCAGAAACCAGAGAGGUUAUUUUUCGAAAGGCUUUUCAAAGAUCACAAAGGAGGUUUUGGAAGAGAAUUCCAGCAAUCAAAUAAUCUGAAAGAUCAGCCUCAGGUGGUGGUGUGGAGGGAAUGUAGGGCAAAAAUAGUAAUCUGGAGACUGAACGAGCUGGGAUGGGAUCCGGUUAGGGUGAGGUAAGGUCAGCCGGAUGAAGCAAGGCCUUAGUGCUGUUUGUAAAUAAGAGCCAGGAUCUUGAAAGGCAGCUGAGUUGGAGGGACCAGGGAGAGUAAUUGUGCUGCACUUUGGAUGAGAAUGUGAACUACUGAACCUUUGGUUUGUUCAAAUUUGAAUGAAUAGAGGGGCAGAUGAGAAGCAUGAACAAUUGAGAGUGCAGAAACAGGUUAUUCAGCCCAUCAUGACUGUGCAGUGCUUUUCUCCAUUUGUUAUUUCAUCCAAACUCACCCUAAUACAGCAAUCAUUUUAUUAACUGGCACUUAUGGGACCAGAAGUGUGCCACUUGAUCAAGAGGUCCAUACAAUCAAUUAAAAACACACAUUAAGUAAUAGAAGUGUACUGUAGGGGGUAUGCACAUCACUGUUAUACUUUAUUUACAGCGUAAGUUACUUAAAUAACAAUGCAACUUUAUCUUAAAUAAAACUUAUUGGCAGACAGUCUUCUCACUCACACCUCCAAGUGAUUACUUGAACAUAGCAGAGAUUGCGAUAAUGUAGUAAACUCUCUGGUAUUUGAGGUAUAUCAUUUUUUGCUGGUUUAGUGAGAGUGCUGGUUCGUAAGGUACGGGUUAAAUCAAAGUUUGCUGUAUCUUUUAAUGUUGCUGUUUAUCAGCAAUAUUCCCUUUUAAAUGUAUUUAUGGAUUCAAUUUACAACGUUUUCUUGCAUAAAAUUCCAAAUGCUAGCCACCUGGUGUAUGGAUGAAAAAUCAUUUCAGGACAUCCACUUUAGUCCUUUUCGAACACAGAAAAUGUGUGAGUCUCAUCUUCAGCUCUAUUUCUCUCUUAUAAUGUUAUCACUAUUUAUGCUAUUACAGACCUUCAUGAACAUGAAGAUUCCUAUCAGACUGCUCCAUAAUCUCCUUACUCUUGUGAAAACCAACCUUAGCCUCUAGCAUCUCUCUUUGUAACUUUGAUCCCUGGUGAUGUACCACAAUGAUCUUUAACAUAAUACAGUGAUGGGAUGGGAUAUUGGCAGUAUUUGGGAGAGUUGGGCUUUGUCUGACCUAACCCCACCAUGCAGUGUUGCUGCAGUUUACUCAUCAAGCUCAAGAAAACCUUUUGGCUUACAGCAGAUGGACACAUUCCUUUGGCAGCUAUUUCAAUACAUUUAUAUUAAGUUGAUGGAUGCCUUGCAGUAGGAGUGAGUUAAGCACCUGACAACAUUUUUUUUCAGCUGCAGUCAUUUCUUGACCAUUCGAUACUGUGGUGUCUGUCAGUGAUUUGACUGUCAGCUCCUGCCUGCUGCGACUGUCCGCUAGUUGGAACAUGGACGGACAACAGCAGUCAGGGGCGUUUUCUCUCAGAGGUUGUCACCUCUGCAGGCCAGCAGCCAGCCUUCAGUCAAUCAGCAGCUCUCCAAGACAAGAUGGACAGGUAGUGUGCUGUAUGGGGAAUCCUGGGUGCCUGACAUCUAGGCUACAGUGCAUUUCACAGGCGCCUGUUUUAGCAUUUUACGGGCUCAUUGUACUGAUAAAAGCAAGAGCACUUUGUGCCAUAAUUAUUAAUUGUUAACUCCAGGGCUUCAAUUGAAGUCAAUUGAAUUCAGUUCUUCAGCUGAAAGCAUUCCCAGGGCUCUAAUUAGAAUGAUCUAUGUCAGCUCGUAUAGCAAGGAUUUGCAUUUCCAUCCCAAACUCCCCCAGGGCAGCCUAGCUGAUCCCUUGGAGAUCACAGGGCAACCGAGUCCCAGUUUGUCUCUCCUGAUUUACUCUUGAUGUUUCAGGCACUGUUUGAUUUCCCCUUGGUCACAUUGUUAAAUACUGAAUAGCAGGCACUGAUUGCAGGGCAGCACUCUAACAUGAGACAUGGAGGCAGUGUUGUCAUCUUGAGCAGUACCAAGGCUAUAAUCUCAUGGUAGGUUUCAAAUAACGAAAUAAACCAGGAUAAAUCCUUAAGAUUUUAAGAUCAUUCCCGGCACAACAUCGAGGGCUAAAGGGCAUGUAGUGCACUAAUGUUCUAUGUACAACAUUGAAAUGACUUCGGUCUCACCCAAAAUGUGUACCCACUCUUUCCCCACCAUGUUUGGUAUCUUUCAGUUCUGGGAGAAAGUGAGGACUGCAGAUCAGAGCUGAAAAUGUGUUGCUGGAAAAGCGCAGGUCAGGCAGCAUCC